AGCAGACGGAAAAGGCGACCACGACCUUUGAGUGCUUCAGACGGGCUGAGUUUGUUUAUAAUGCGUAUUUAAACGGGUUUAAGAUGCUAUAAGUGUGUGUUAGAGACAACAGAACAGACAUGCUUCGUUGUUCGCUGCUGGUUUACGGCAGAGGUGUCGUAAAAAGGUUCUCCUCGUCGUUCUCCAGUGAGAGCGCUCUGCCCCCCAAUUUACUGCUGCCGACCAACCUGGUGGAUCCUUCCAGAUUGAAGCGUCCUCCUCCUCCUGCAGACUGCUCCCUGCCUCUCCUGAGGAAGUGCGACGCCGUCGUUCCUGCUCAUCUGAGUCCCGUCCAGACGUGGGUGGAGACUCUGGAGAGUCGGGACAGCGAGCCGCUGGGUUUGGCUCAGCUCCACCCGGACGUCUUCGCGGUACAUCCGAGGUUAGAUAUCCUCCACGAGGUUGAAGCAUGGCAGAGAAACUAUAAAAGAAUUAGCCACGCCAACACAAAGAUCAGGUCAGAGGUCAGAGGUGGAGGCAGGAAGCCAUGGAAUCAGAAAGGAAGUGGAAGAGCUCGUCAUGGAAGCAUCCGAUCACCGCUAUGGAAAGGAGGUGGGGUGGCCAAAGGACCCAGAGGGCCGACCAGUUACUACUACAUGUUACCCAUGAAGGUUCGAGUACAAGGACUCAAAGUGGCUCUGAGCUCCAAGAUGGCGCAGGACUACCUUUACAUUGUGGACUCUUUGAACAUCCCUACACCCGACCCUCAGUACCUGCUGGACCUCAUCAGACAAAAACACUGGGGAGAGUCUGUGUUAAUAGUCGACAUAGGUGACGAGUUUCCUGAAAACAUCCUUCAGGCAACAGCAAAUUUGAAGACAGUGAACAUUAUUCCAGCAAUUGGACUGAACGUCCACAGCAUGCUGAAACACGAGGCCGUCGUCCUCACUCUGGAGACCGUCAAGUUCCUGGAGGACAAGCUGCUUUGGCACGACCAGCGCUACACCCCUCUGUACCCGUACAAACUGCCCUACUCCGAUCUACCAUAAAUAACCUGUAAUAUAUUCACUGACUGCAACGUUUUCUGUAUGUGUUUAUUAUUUUACAAAAAAAAAAUCAUCAAUAAAUAAAAACAUUUAUAAAAAA